UGCCCACCUACUAAAAUAGUUUUAGGGCUUCUCUUCUUCUUCCGCCGCUGUCACGUCCAUCCCGUCAAAGGGCGGAGACUGGAGUCCGCUAUUGUCUCUUUUCGAUUGCGAUGCUGGGGCGGAAGCUGUACAAGACGAAGCUGUGUAUACUCUACCAGCGUGGCCGUUGCCCUCGCCAGAGCUGCAACUUCGCCCACGGCGACGCCGAGCUCCGCCGCUUCGCCGGCUCUUUCACCGGUAGACGGGACAAUAGAAAUGGCGACUUGAGAGAUAAGCUUGAUAGAAGGCAUUCUCCUUAUCGGAGAUAUUCCCCUAUAAGAGAUGCAAGAGGUCAUCAUUCAUUUCGUAGUCAUAAACCAAUUUCUAAUGAUAGGGGCUCUAGUCGUUCAAGGUCCCCAAUUAAAAGAAGUGAAAGAAGGUAUAGGAAGAAGCAGCGUAUGGAUGGAGAAAGUGAUAUCUCUGGAAGCCUUAAAAUUGAUGGUGCUAAAGAUAGAAAAAAGGAAGACAAAGUUUCAUCUCAUGAUGAGAAAGAUGAUCUGGAAGAGCAGUUAAAGCAAAUACAGUUGGAUAUUGAGAUGCUUGAUGAUCAUAAAUCUCAACUAGAGAUCUUUUUGGAGGAAAAGGUUGAUGAAGCACAAAAGCUUUCUAGUAGAAUAGAGGACCUUGAGUCAAAAUUGAACAAGGAACAAGAAAAUUGUAAAAGGAUUACUUUAAAAAUUAAAAAGUUUAUUAAAGCUCAUGGGCGUUAUGUAAAGGCACAGGAGGAGUUGAAAAGAUCACAAACUCGUCUCCAAAAGUUGGGUGAUCAGCUUAGUUCGGAUACCUUAAAGACUAGUGCCAACGAAGAAGAUUCAAGCGUAAAUGUUGUGAGUGAUGGAGAGCCUAACGCCGAUGGUGAUAAUCAGAUCAACCCAAGGAAUGAUUUGCUGCAGAAGAAUGUUUUGUCAGCCAACAGGAGAUCAUUUGUCGAUCCAGCAACCAGUGAAGAAGCAAAAAUAGGGAAUUCACAAAAGAGAGAGAGAUCUUCAGAUGUGAUAUCUAAAUCAGAGAAGCUUACUAAGUCUGAAGGGCCUGCUCCUUAUUUAGAAUAUAAUAACAAAGGAGCUGAUGCAGCAAAAAAGGUCCUCACUAGCAACAAGUCUUUGGCAGACAACUACAAGCAUAAACAAGGAAAAUUUGAUUCUGGUAGCACUGCCCCUCUGGAUAAGGUGAAAAGUUCUGAAUCGAGACACUUAUUGCCUUCAACGAGUAUGGCUGCUCAUGCAGUAGACGAAUUCAUUGAAGUCAUUGAAACUGAGGAGAAACCUGGAGCAUUUGAAACUACAACGGAUUUUGAAAAUGGUGAUCUCGAUAACAGAACCACCAAGUCAGCUUAUAUGCCACCCCCUCCUCCACCAGUCACUCAAAAUGCAUACAAGCAGUAUGAAGGUGAUGAUGAGGAUGUAGAUGUGGAAAGGGUGGAUGCUGAAAUGGUAGACUUAGAUAUCAACAGUGAGGUGGAAAUUGAGCAGAUAUAGCUUAAGCAUCUUCUAGUGUGUUAAGAUUGAAAGAAAGUUCUUUUAUGCUGAUGUUUUUACCAAGUAUGUUGCUAGUCUUGUGCUGUUGAACUUAUUGCUGGCAAUCCAGUUUGCAGAUGCUUAUUAUUUUUUUCUAUUGUCAUAUACUCCUCUUAAGUGGGGAUCACUCAGGUCUGAAUUAAUCAAUGUGAAUGUUUAUGUAUUUUUCAGUUCAUGAUUUAUAUUUAUUAUUAAUAUUUGAGAAAAAUAUUUUU